AUGCUUUGGUCGUGCAGCUUUCAUCAUUCUUCUGAACGACAUCAGCAGCAGCACAAACUACAUGAAGUCAGAGAACAAAACUCUGUCAAAAUCAUCCACCUCAGAUACAAGUCUCCACCAUCUCAUAAAAUAGAUAUUUAUGCCCACGAAUACCCUGGUACGGACGAGAGUAGGGAGACUCCUCUAUCCUACUCAAAAUGCUCUCACACGGCCACGUGUAUACAACCGACCACCCAUUCGAUGUUGGCCCACCAACACUUGGAGAGAUCAGCAUGGCCAUCAGACAAAUCAAGAGCGCAAAGCAGCAGGAACAUACAACAUUCCAGCAGAGGCAGUAAAAGCAGACGUAGCGGUAACUGCAAAGAUACUACACAUUCUCUUCAAUACGAUUUGGGAUGAAGAACAA